AUGAAUGUCGAGAACACAGACCCUCCUUCUUCCUUGCGGAAUGUCAAGCAUAUUCUUCUCAUCCUAUCAGGAAAGGGCGGUGUAGGAAAGAGUUCAGUAACUACGCAAAUUGCGCUAGCCUUGGCCGGUUUGGGGAAUAAAGUAGGUGUGCUUGAUAUCGAUCUGACGGGUCCGUCGAUACCGCGUAUGUUUGGUCUGGAAGGCCAAUCGAUUUUCCAAUCCAAUGAGGGGUGGAUGCCAGUUUCUAAAUAUGAAGAGGGCACUGGAGCUCUUAAAGUGAUUUCUUUAGGGUUUUUGUUGAACAACAGGGGGAGCAGCGUUGUAUGGAGAGGACCGAAAAAAACCGCAAUGAUAAAGCAGUUUAUCAAGGACGUGGUUUGGGGAGAAUUGGACUACCUUUUGAUAGACACUCCACCCGGAACUUCAGAUGAGCACAUCUCCAUAGCAGAGGAGCUACGUUGGGCCAUCCCAGACGGAGCUAUUAUUGUCACUACGCCCCAAACUGUAGCUACGGCCGAUGUAAGGAAAGAGAUCAACUUUUGCCGAAAAGUAAAUUUUGACAUCCUUGGGAUAGUUGAAAACAUGUCGGGGUUUGUGUGCCCACAUUGCGCCGAAUGCACUUACAUUUUUUCUAACGGUGGAGGUCAAAAGCUAAGUGAAGAAUUUGAGAUUCCAUACCUUGGAAAUGUUCCUAUCGAUCCGACUUUUGUUGAGCUUAUAGAAAAUCAGAAAUCUGAAGAAACAAAUCUAGUUGCACUGUAUCGCAGUCAAUCUCUGUUCCCAAUAUUCAAAGAUAUCAUUUCGUCCAUCCAGGGCCAAAACGUACCGUCCAGGAUAAACAGGUGA